AUAGAAUAUUGAUCGCAGUUUUAGAACACCGAGAUCAUGUUUUAAGUGUUUAUAUUCAUCCUCAUAAGAUAAGAUCUCACAAGAUAAAUGAUGUUAACAAUCUCGAUAAAUCUAUUUCUAUUGUUUUGUGCACUAUCAAAUGCAAAAGAUGCAAAUGUACUCAUGACUGAGGUUUUCGCAAUACCUUUGGAUCCUCCGAUGUUUAAUUGGACUUAUGAAGGAAUAGAAGAACAAUUUGUGUACCAAGCUUCCUUAUUGAAUGCUCCCGAUUUACCUUCCUGGAUUAAUUACUUAUACAGCGAACAGCAUUACUCUGGAUUUUUAUAUGGCGUACCUCCACAGAUAAAUGAAAAUGUUCAGCUAGAAGUCGUCGCACUUAACAAAAAAACUUAUGAGACUAAAGUUGAAAACAUCAAUAUUAUUAUUUCUGAGAAACUAAACUCUGCGAGGUAUGAAGUACUCUUGAAAAUUGACAAUAUAAAUGUGGAAGAUAUGUUCGAUGUGGAUAGAAUGGAAGCACUUAAGAAUGUGUUUCGUAAAGAAUUAUGGAAAAAUAGUGCUUACGAUUUAUACGUGACUUUUCUUAAUUCUGCUGUUGAUUUAGGAGCUAGAAAACCAGCAAAUCCAAGAGAGGGAGAGGGGGUAGUAAUAAGACUUGGCAGUGAGAACUCGUUUUCUACAGAAUUGAUUGAACUUCAAGAGGAAGUUAAACCAUUAUGGGGUAAAUGGUCGGAGGGUAAUUGCCCAAGAGAAUACAAAAGAACUUCUGUUGAAAGAUAUUUUAGAGAUGCCGGAUUUGCCUUGGACUGGUGUUCAUUUAGACUGGUUGACAAUAACAAUUCAGCAAUGCAUCAUAAAAAUGGAAACUUAGUGAGUGAUGAGGUAGAUGAUUCUGAAACUGAUGGAAUUUGGCAUUCUAUAUCAAAGGCAGAUGUGCCUCAAAGAAGUUAUUUUAAUGAACUUGUGGUAUCGCUGAUAGUUCCUUUUGUAAUAUUAAUUGUUUUGGGACUAGUUUUGUCAUUUCUGCUAUGUUUUCAACAUGAUGAAAUCGAAGACGAAAAUGAGGUUUAUUUCCAAAAUUUAUUUCACAUUUGCACGGAUUAUUACUAUGAUCAUUAUAUUUAUAAAAGAGCUAGCCAUAUAGACGACCUAACAUCCGACCAAAUCAGCUACCCUGAAACAGUUCACAGACCCGUAGAGACUUUCAGAAGUUUUAACAACCGGGACAGUACACUCUCCCCCGAUCUCUGUAGCCAUUCCAACAGCCCCAACUCUACGAUUAAUAGGGGAGUACACUGUAGACCAAGUCCUCCACCUUAUGUGAGACCAAAGUUCAAGUCUGAUUUGUGACAACAUGGAGAUGAAGAGGAGAAAACUCGGUAUUGCUAAGCAGCUAACAUUCAAAAUGUGGUAGUUGGAGUAGUGUCAGAAGCGACUAAUGAUGAUUUUGUAACAAAACUUGAAAGCUGAAACCAGUUUUGUUUUUUGAGAGGAUUAUAAUAAUUGUAUAACAUUUUAGUAGAAGCAACUAUAGAUAUCAAUUAUUAAAAAAAUCUGACUAUAACAUAAUAAAUUACUAAAAUACUGACGUAAUAAAUAGAAAUUUAUGAUUUUAGGUAGAUAUAUGUAAUUUUCAAUCCCUUUUUUACAAAUGUUUAUUGUUAGACGUACAUAUCCUUCCUUAUACAAAAAUUAUGACAUCAAUAAAAAAUAAAGUCAACUAACGAAA